AUGAUAGUAGAUCAAGUGCUGUGUUGUUUUAAUCGAAUCAGAUCGAAUGAUAUAGAUGAAGAGAAAGUUCAUAUUGAGAAAUAUAUUUUCAAACCGGAUCCACUGCAUCAUUUGGUUUUUACAUUGGAUGCAGCCAAUCUUGAUAAGCAUGAAGUGGAUGUUGCAUUCCCGAGACUUCUGGCAGAGUUGGAUUUAUCACCCGAAAAUCAGAAAUUACUGCUCGAACAGCCUAUUGAAAAGAAAUGCCUAAUGCUUAAAGAACAAACUGCUAUACAAGAAAUGUAUGGCAUAGGUAAUGGUAAAAUAGCGGAGAAAUUUUUGGAAAUAAUUCAGGAUAAUAAUUUAUUAAGCAAUGAUAGUAAUCUUCAUAUUCUGAAAGCGUUGUUUAUCUCGCUGAGAACGCAAUCACACAGUUAUGUGGAAAAUUUCGUGAAAUUAAAUGGCGAUGGUCAUUUAAGAAAUUUGCUGAGAGAAUGUCGAAAACGAUCCGGACUGGAACAACAUGCAGCUAUAAUACUGCUAUGCUUUCGAGCUCUUCUGAAUUCAACUGUUGGCCGAUUGGCUGUUCUAUCGUCAGAUGAGACACUUUGUGCCAUUGCAUCGUCCACCUCUCUUCUGAGUGCUAAAUGCAAGGUAUUGUGUUAUGAAAUAUUAGCGGGUAUUUGUUUGAUACCUAAUGGACAUCAAAAAGUACUGCAUGCAAUAACGGAAGCACGUGGAAUCCUUGGAGAAAGGACGAGAUUUCAGCGAUUGGUCGAUGAUAUUUAUCGAAAUUAUAGCAACGAUCGUGAAACAGACCGAGUACGUACGGCUGCAAUGAGCUUAGUUAACGCAUUACUAAGCACUGGCUCUGCUGAAAAUUCAUUGGAAUUUCGUAUGCAUUUACGGUUUGAACUAUUAAUGUUAGGCUUACAUAAUAUUUUGGAACAACUUCGUACAACAUCAUCCGCCGUUUUGGAUGAUCAUUUUGAUUUGUUUGAAAUGAGUCAACAAGAGGAUGAGCUUCAUUUUGCCAGGAGCGAUUCAGGAACAUCAACACCAAUUGAUGCAGAAAAUCCAACAGAUAUUGUUGAUAUAUUAAUGGAACGAUUGAAUAAUACCAUUGCAAUGCCUCAUUUUAUUUCUAUUUUGCAGCAUCUUGUUCUUGUUCCAACCGAUAAUAAACAUGUCCAUAUAUGGAGAUUACUCGAUAUUGUACUACAGCAACUGGUUUUACAAGCGAAAAUGGAUGUUUGUACUGAUAUGCAACAGCCUAUUGUUAGUAUAGAUAUGAAUAAAGUUUUAUCCAGAUUACAUACACAACAUGAAUAUGAUAAUCUUGAAAAAAUGUAUAACGAAUUGGAGGAAGAAUUGCGAAGAGAGCGAAUGAAUAUGGUUGAAUUGCGAAGUCGUCUUGCUGAUUGCGACAUGCGUUCUAUUUAUUCCAGAACGAGCGCCGAUUCGACAGAUUCGACGUUUCCAUCUGAUCCAUCGCAAUCACCAAGUCCAUCAUCAUCUUCGGUACCACCGGUAUGUCCACCACUCUUACCUCCACCACCACCACCACCAUCAUUAUUACAACUUAGCAUGCAAAAUGGCCGAAUAGCAACAGAAACAAUUGAUACGAAUGAAAAAAUGAAAAAAAUACCGGAAUCAACAAUGAAAUUGAAAACGCUUAAUUGGAUUAUGAUUCCGAAAGAGAAAAUUUUUGGUACCAUCUGGGAGAAUAUCGAUGAGGAAAAAUUGUACCAACAGUUAGAUCUCGAAGAUAUUGCACAGAAUUUUUCAAUUAGCAAAAUAUCAGUAGAUGAAACGGAAUCAUUAAGUGAAACAAUACGUCGGCAGUAUCGUGCAGAAACAUCCAUUUCUAUCAUUGAACCACGCCGUGCACAAAAUUGCACAAUUAUGCUAUCAAAACUUCGAUUAUCAAAUAAACAAAUUAAAAGUGCCGUUUUAUCAAUGGAUCAAUACGACGAAUUACCACGUGACAUGAUCGAACAAAUGUUGAAAUUUUUGCCGACCAAAGAAGAAAUUCUAAAAUUACGCGAAAUCGUGGAUAAGUACAAAACUGCCGGCGUACUAUCAGUAGCCGAUCGAUUCUUUUAUGAAAUUAGCAAUGUUCCACGAUACGAAGAACGAUUACGCUGUUUGCAUAUUAUUAGUACAUAUCGAGAACGUGUUGAUGAGGUUUCGAAUACUGUCGAAACUGUAACAAAUGCUGCAACAGCUGUGACAGCUAGCAAACGUUUAAGACAAUUGUUACGUAUGAUUCUAGCAGUGGGAAAUUUCCUGAAUCGUGGGAAACGUAAUGGAAAUGCUUAUGGAUUUACAUUAACUUCGUUACGAUUACUCACGGAAGUACGAAAUUCAUUACGUUCCGAUCGUAAUUUAUUGCAUUAUGUCGUUGAGCAAAUCGAAAAUAAAAAAUCAGAUGUGUUACGACUAAAGCGUGACCUGGAAAGCGUUUAUCAGGCUGCUAGACAUAGUCGCAAAGAAAUCGAACAGGAACUUUGUGCAUUACGCAAAUCAAUCUCAAUUGCAACGGAAGCGUUACAUGUAAGUGAAUCAGUAAAUGGACAGGAAAUGUGGGAUAACGAAUGUGACCGGGAAGUGGAUCGUUUUGUAGUAGUGUUGAAGAAUUUCCUGAAUUCUGCUGAAAAUGAUUUUGCACAAGUUGAAAAACAAUAUGGUGAAAUGAAUAACAAAUUCCGGCUAUGUGUGAGAAUGUUUGCGGAAGAACCACGAACCACUUCACCGGAUGAUUUCUUUGGUAUAAUUUCGAAAUUUUUAACUGCCCUAACCGAAUGCCAUCGUCAUAUUUGGGAGGAACGUGAAAAUUUGGAACGAAUUAAAAAACAAACAAUGGCACGAUCAAUGUUCUCUAAAAAAUCUCGACAACGCGAUAAUCAUAACAAUGACUUUGAUCAAUUAGUUAUGGCAUUACAAAGUGGUGAAAUAUUUUCCGAAGAAUUGACACGUUUAAGGACAUCAUUUCGUUCACGGAAGAAAUCAUAA